UGCUGCCAAUGAGUAAUGGUCCUGUGCUAUAUCUUGCUGUAAGCAUAUGAUUUUCUUUGGGUUUCACUGCAGAACAAACUUCAGUGGCUUGCAUUGCUGUUUUUACUUCAGCCCUGUCUCCCUUUUGGGGUGCUGGCCAGUGGGAGUUUUCCAGGGAAUGAAUAAUUGGGAUUGGUUUAGGUUGGGCUGUGUGGGCAGUUUGCUUUCAUUUCUCCAGCAUUGGUGUUGACUUGGAAGACCUGGUAGGUGCUCGUACAGAUCCUUUCUUUGGCGGCUCUCUUGAGCUGCGGUGCAGGAGAGUUGACACAGGAACCCAAUGCUUUUAGACUUGACUGUUGUGACUUUAGGAGCAUUCCCAAUGCUCCUCAGCCCCAUGCAGAGAUGUCUGAACAUGCUCCGUAAUAUUCAUGCCGCCACAUGAACUGCAAGUCCAGUGAGGAGAAAAGGGGCGCCGUGCAGAGGCCAUGUUCAUCCUUUGUGGCAGUCCUCGUGCUGCCUCCAGCGGGGUUUCAUUUUGGUAUAGAGUUGGCUUGUGUGACAUCUCUAGCCUGAAAAAUCCUUUUUUUUUUUUUUUUUUCCGCUGCGCAGAGACAUUCGCAUCUCCAAAUCCAGCGGAGCAGCAGGUAACAAACACCUCUCCCUGGGUGAUGGUUUGUGCAGCCAGUGGUUGGCAAGGGUGGGGCUGGUCGCUGGCACCAGGGUGCUGCAGGUACCGCAGCUGCUGUCGGUGCUCGGAGGCGCAGGCAGCUGCAGGAUUUCGCUGGUGCACGGGGGCUUCAGGGCGCAGACGGACAGGGUGAGUCAAUGCUGGGAGCUUUUUCCUUCCUCUGCUCUGGGGAAAAGUCGCUCUCCUCGGGAUGAGGCUGUGUCUGACGGGCGUUGGUUCUUAGCCUGUCCUGGAGCAGGGUCUGGCUGCGCUGGAGCAGCACCCUGUUCAGUAAGGGUCGCCAAACCUGGUCCAGGUGGGGUGGCUGCCCUGCUCUGGAAGGUGAGGGCCUCCAUUGCUUUCUUUCACUCUGCAUGAACACCCGCAGUGGCUGCUACACAAGCUUCAGCCAUGCCAGGUCUUUGGGCAAUGGUAUCUGAGCCUAAAUCAUAAGACGGGAGGGAAGUGUUUUAGUUCUUGUAGCACUUUUUGGAGUCACAUCUCCACUUUCCGUAGCUAAACCGGUAAAGAUUUUGAAUGAGAGCAGAGAUUUUCCUACAAUGGAGAGCAGGGUAUCGCAAAAAGCACCCAAACAGGUAGAACUUCCCAAACCGUGGGGUGAGCAGCAGGGCAAGGGGCUGGCUGACGGGAAGCUGUGCAGGCACCUCUGAAUUCAGAAUCCCGUGUGCCAAGGAUGUGGGUGCCGCCGUCCUGGGCUCGGAGGCUUCUUCAUUUGCAACAGCAUCAGCAGACUGCUGCGUGUUGCCAAGCAUCGGUAACUACCCCACGCUGGUGCUCCUGGCAGCUGCUCGCAAAUCUGCGUUACUGUGAGGCUGGAGGGUUACCACACCAACCAGCAGCACGUGGCCUCCCGGGGGGCUCCUGCUUGCCAGCCGCUGUGCCGAGCCCCUGGGCCCCAUCGGCGGCAGCCUCGGUGGUUUCGGAGAGCCUCUCCAGGCUGUGGGGGUGCCCUGGAUCCGAUCCCACGGGAAAGAGCACACUCGGGGGCAUCGGCCCUGGGGCAGGGAGCUCCCGGACUCCAUCUGUGCUUGUUCAGCCUCCUCUGGCUGCAGCCGGGACUGGAAGGGCCCGACACUUGCUCCCUGAUGCCCGGUAAGCACGGUGAUGGGGUUCUCUGGAGCACCCAGAGCAGGGCUGGGUACUGAGGGUGCCAGCAGCUUGCAAAGGAAGCAUCUCUGGAGAGACGAUGUGCCUGGCAGGGAAAAUCUGUCAGCCCAAACCCUCAGCAAAGCGGCUCCAGUGCUGAAUUAUUUGGUUAUUUACAUGCAGGAUGACUUCUGGCUGGAGAGCCUGUCGAGACAUCCCGGCUUGCAGUUUUCAGAGGUGCUGUUGGUGGGUAUUGUUACUGCCAGGCACUUCUUCCUGCCUGAGGAGCAUGUCCUACCACUACGGGGACCAAAAUGAGGUGCUGAACUACCUGGAUUUCCCCGGGUGUCUGGAAUAACGGCUGCAGAAUUUCCAGGGAGAAAGGUUCAAAAAAACAACCCUCAACAGGGACAGCCUCUUUCAUGUAACUUGUCCUGAUUUUAUUCCCUGUUCUGCUCCUUCCCCAAGCUGUGGCUGGGCAGACGCAGGGAUCUCGUGCCACCGUGACAGCGGCCACCGCUGGAGUGGGACUGUCCCCUGGGGCUGCCCAGCCCUGACUCUGCCUUUCCCUGCCAGGUUCCAGCUGAGGCUGCUGGUGGGGACGAUGGCAGGUCACCGACAGCUCGUCCUCCCCCUUCAAGGCCUGCUGCUCUGCGUCGUGGCUCUGCACUUCGGCUCCUGGGGCCCUCUUGCCACAGCAGAGCACGAAGCGGCCCCCAACGCCUCCUCGGUGGCCCCCAACGCCUCCUCGGUGGCCCCCAACGCCUCCUCGGUGGCCCCCAACGCCUCCUCGGUGGCCCCCAACGCCUCUGUGAACAGUACAGAAGGAACACUGCUCACCUGCCAGAGCUUCCAGUGCUCUGGGGAGAGGUGUUACCAGGAUGAAGCCUAUGCCAACGAGACGGCCACCUGCCACAACGAGACUUUCUGCGAGCUUUAUCGUUUCUCCAGCACAAACUACACAGCCAGGUGCAGCAGCGCAUGCGGCACGGAGCCGUGCAGGACCAACAGCAGCGUGAGCUUGCAGCAGUGCGCCCUGGAGUGCUGCGACGCCCCGCUCUGCCUGCAGCUCAAUGCCAGCUCCUACGGUGACCUGCCAGCCACCACCACGCCGCCCACCACCACCGUCGCCACCACCCCCCGGCCUCCCCCCCGAAAUGGGAAGGUCUGUGCAGCAUUCUCCUGCCAUGGGGAUGGAUGUUUCAAGGGGAAGAAGGCCACUGCUAGAUGCAUCGUUGGGUAUGACUUCUGUCAGAUGAAGAAGACUGGCCUGGAUUUUGUGGCAGGAUGCAGCAAAGCCUGCAAGGCUGCCAAGCCCGUCUGUGCUAAAGGCGUGAAGGCUGCCUGCUACCAGGAGUGCUGCCCCGCCACGCCAAAAGCCAGCUGCCUGAAGCUGGAUGGCAAAAUUCACGUCAACGGUGCUGGGCAGGUGCCUCUGGCCCCGCUCCUGCAGCUCCUGGCAUGCGGGGCUGCCCUUCUCCUGAACCGCGGGGUCUCCACUCCUCUCUGGCUGUAAGCGGCAGGCGGGGGCCCCACAGCCUGCCCCCUGCUGCUCCGUGCCACCGCACUCAAUAGGGUCCCAUCCCUCUCUGGCUUCAGCCACAUCCCUGUGCCAGGAGCAAGGGGCUCCAGAGCUUGAAGACGUUCCCCUACGCUGCUGGGACGGCGGAGGCUGGAUGGAGGGACCUCGGGUGUAGGAACAAGACUGCCUUAAAAACCAGAAACCUCUGUUUUGAGUGAAGGCACGGGGUCUGCUCUAGUUAAUAAUCUGCUUCUCCAUGCAGCCUUUCUGGACACCCACUUUGUGUUUAGUUUGUACUUAAUAGCUCUAAAACCUCCUGUCUGUUUAGGCACAAUUCUUAACUGUUUCAUCUCCACUUCUUAGGCAGGAAAAUGGGGCUGAGCUAAAAGUGGCUUGUGGUUUAGAUGACCCUGUUUCAUAUCUAUGAUUCUCUAUGCGUAAAGAUAGAGCAGAGACAGGAACAGGAGCCCGGGCCGUGACUUUCUUGCAUCACAGGCAGCUGGUGGGUAGCUCUGCGGGGGCAAGGUGCUGCCACUCCUUCAAGCACACAGUCUGCUGUCCUCUGUCACUGCUCUCUUUUAAGGGGAAAAAAAUGCAAAAAUAAAAAUAAUGUCUGUCCCCUGGCUCGCUAACUGGGUGUGUUCUGAGUGCCUGGGGGAUAGGGGGGGACCCCAGCCCGCAGAGCUGGGACUGUUGUGCUUCCACCAGCAGGAAGGCUUCGCUUCGGAAGCCCUUAAGCGGAGCUGCACGCAGCAGAUGUGGGACUGGACGAGAAGAGGCUGCCUGAAGCGAUAGCCGGCCCCUUCCACGUUGCAGGGCUGCCUCCAUCCGCCUGCAGUUCUGCUGCCUCCAAACCGCAGCACAAGGGCUGGGGCGUGUUUUUUUUUUUCUUUUCAAGCUUUUCAGGCCACAUGGGCAGCGUAUUGCUAGAAAGUGAAAACAGAAUGGAGCUCGAGCUUUUUUUCUAUUUCAAAAACAACAUUCACCAUGCCAUUUCUUGUAAGGAUAGAGGCUUGGAGGUCGCAGCAGAUAUUUUGGGCUGAUUUCCUUUCGUUUCCUCUUUGCAGGCUCUUGUCCAUUCUGUACCGCUGCAGGAGUGCAGAGGAGGGAGGGGAAAGGCAGGCGGCGAGCGGUGGCUUUAGCAAACACUGCUGCUUUUUUCAUAGCCGCUAGAGUUCGGCUGUCACUUCUGCAGCUGGGGGAAGAGCUGAUUUAGACCAAACUCCCCUCUGUUUAGUAUGCAAACGACUUUGUCUGGUGACAUUUCCUAGCACCUGCUUACACACUCUGCAGUAAUUAAUUUGCAUAAUUAAAGCA